AAGCUAAGUAUAUUUGUGAACUUAUAUAACAGAAGCAAUAUUUAAUUCAGUGGUUACAAGGUGGUGUGUUUCAUAAAUGGUGCCAACAGGCAAUACUGAAUUUUACCUCAUCCUGGUGAGCAGUGCAGGUCAAGAAAUCCCCUUACUCCAAAGGGAAAAUGGCUUUUCUGGAAAAUGGCUUACUGCAAAGAACCAUCCUUCCCCAUAUGACUUAGAAGUCACGGAUGUCCCCUGUUUACCUAUGAGAAGGCCAGACACCCACUCUCCAAAUUCCCAUUCUUUGCCUCAUAGAUGACAAGCCUAACUGCUUGUCUCCACUGAUCAACUGGAACAAAAUGCUCUUUAGCCAAACUUGAACCAGGCUUCUUUCCUACAAGCUCCUAACUCUGCUUGCCCCCGAGCCUGGGCAAGCAUCAAAAAAAGUCGAAAUUCCUCCCCUCCCAAUGGACCCUGCUUCUCAGCUUCUCCUGGGAAUGGGCGCACCACUGUGGGACAAUUUCCUGGCAGACCCCACUGGCCAUUCCCCCUUGUUUGUGCAGCUUCCUUUCCACAGAUUCUGCUUAUCUCUGCCUGCCUCCUUACCCUCUACAAGAAAAGCCUUUUUCUGUUUGGUUUCAAGAUGCUCUCAGGUUUCUGAGAUGGGAGCAUUCUCCCUUUUGCAAUAGUCUGUCUUUCUAAUUAAAGUCUCUUUUUAUUUGACACAGAAAAAAGUGUGACACAGGCUUCUUGUUCAAGCUUGAUCUUGAUUUCAUACCAUAUACCAGAGUAAAUUCCAACUAGAUUAAAGUAGAAAAAAUUAAAGCAAUAAAAACACUGAAAUACAUGUUAAGAUUAUCUUUCUAUCUGGAAUAGGGAAGUGAAACUAGGCAAGAUGGGAUAUACAAAAGCCAUAAAAGAAAGUUUAGACAUAUCUGAUCAGAGGCUACAUUUCACUAGUUACAUAUUACACAUAAAAUUUUUCUUUCUUUUUUUUUGAGAUGAAGUCUUGCUCUAUCACCCAGGCUGGAGUGCAGUGGCCCGAGCUCAGCUCACUGCAAUCUCCACUUCCCAAGUUCAAGCGAUUCUCCUGCCUCAACCUCCCGAGUAGCUGGGAUUACAAGCGCCCAACACCAUGCCCGGCAAUUUUUUUUUUUUUUUUUUUUUUUAGUAGAGAUACCACGCCCGGCUAUUUUUUUUUUUUUAAUUUUUAGUAGAGAUGGGUGCCCAGCCCAUAUAAAAUUUUUCUAACUGCACAUUUAAAAAAACAUAAAAUGCAAAAGACAAAAAGAGUUUAGGGAAAAAUACUGCAAUGUAACUGACAGAUGGUUAAUAUCCUUAAUGGACAAAGAUGUUAAUAUCUCUAAUGUAAUAUCCCUAAUGUACAGUGUAACUGACAGACUGUUAAUAUCCCUAAUGUACAAUGUAAUUUGUACACUGUUUACAAAUUGAUACGAAAAGGAAAAAUCACCCUAAAGAAAACUGGACAAAAGGAUAUGAACAUUUGCAAAAGAGAAAAGCCAAAUGGCCAAUAGACCAAAACAAUCCUCAAUUGCACAAGUAGUCAGAAAAAUACAAAAUUAAAGACAGCAUCAACAUCCAGCGCUGGAGGGGAUUUGCCUUAAUGAACUUAAUGAUUUUGCUGGUAGGACUAGGAAACUUUAUAAUCUUUUGGGGGAAGGAAUUUGGCUGUAUCUACCUAUUCAGUAAUGAAACCUGCAGUUAAUAAUAAAACUUCAAAACAUAGGAAGCAAAAAUUGAAUAGCACAAGGAAAACCUGCCAGUACAGUCUCUCUCUCUCUCCUCUCUCUCUUUCUCCCCGCCACAUCACCCCCAGUUGACAAGCUGAAGGGAAUUAUCAGGAAACACACAUUUUAAAAGGCCCAACGAACAAGCUUGAACCAAUAGAGCCGCAGAGUACGAUAAAUCCAACAACUAGAAGAUACAGUGUUUUCAAUCAAGGCACAAAACCAUUUUUGAAAGCUGGCCUCGUACUUGAGCCUUAAGGCAAGUUUCAUCAAAUUUCAAACUCAACGUUCUUGGGCCACAAGGCAAAUGGGCUUAGAAAUCACUAACACACGGAUUAACUUCUUGUUCGUUUGCGGAAAUGCAAAAUGGUGUUAAGACCUGUAACAUUUUCUGCAGUCCCUCUAAAUUCCUUCUUUGAAUAAUCGAUUCCUAGAACAGGACGCGACGGACCAAGCUGGGUCAAACUGCCGACAGCUCCAUUGGGCAGCAUGUCCACCCCGAUGACCAAAUCCCACCAAACGUGCAGCUGGCACUCGGCCGCCUUUGUUUCCUUCCCCUAGAAUAAAACUCCGCUGCUUUCCUACGUUCCUGGAGCAGCAGCCGGAAUAAAGCGCCCAUGGCCUUGCCCUUUGAGUCUCGGAGGAUGUUUGCCACUCCGACAAUGGACUUUUAAAUAAUUCAGGGGUCAAAAGGCGUGUGGGGGGGGGGAGAAGAGUUACAAAUCAGCACUUGAAACCGAACACAAACAAAAAUCAAACAAAUCCGAACUAAUAUAACAAAUCAAAACUUUGAUCUUUAGAAGAAAACUUCAACCUUAAUGCUUCCAGGAGGAAAGCAGAAAGGAUAAUGACUGAAUUGUGAAAACGGGCCAAAAUGCUCCACCACUGAUGUCACACACACCUAUGACUCCCUGCACAGAUCCACGGUCCCGGGCGCUGAAUCCCCGCAACCCUCUGCGCCCACAGAGGUUAAACUCUCGCUGCCGGCGACUUCCGCUUCCUGGCCUAAAUCUGACACGCACGACUCCCCCCGCGGCAACUGUACAGGUUCAGUGACAGCCGAGACGCCGAGUGUUUCCCGCAGCCGGCCGGGGCCCAGGUCGGAGAUGUAGCCAGUGGGGCCGCCAGGGUUUCUUGGAGCCUCUGCAGAGUCUGGGGGCCAGGCUUCUUAGUGGAAACUGCAGGAUCUUCCUUCUGACCCCUGCUUGCCUCGCCCCAGCAGCUCCGGUUGAGUCCACAGAUGCCAGCUCAGCUUCCAGCUUGGGGAAGAGUGGGGUUGUCAGCAGGAGAGCCUGAGGGCUGAGGCCCAGCGUGAACAUGGCAGCUAAUGGGGACUCUCCCCCAUGGUCCCCGGCCCUGGCUGCAGAGGGACGUGGCAGCUCAUGUGAGGCUUCAGUGUCAUUUGAGGACGUGACUGUGGACUUCAGCAGGGAGGAGUGGCAGCACUUGGACCCUGCCCAGAGACGCCUGUACUGGGAUGUGACACUAGAGAACUACAGCCACCUGCUCUCAGUGGGGUACCAAGUUCCCAAGUCAGAGGCUGCCUUCAAGUUGGAGCAAGGAGAGGGGCCAUGGAUGCUGGAGGGGGAAGCCCCACAUCAGAGCUGUUCAGGUGAGGCUAUUGGGAAAAUGCAGCAACAGGGAAUUCCUGGAGGAAUUUUCUUCCACUGUGAGAGAUUUGAUCAACCCAUAGGAGAAUAUUCAUUGUGUUCUAUUUUAGAAGAACUGUGGCAAGAUAAUGACCAGCUAGAGCAACGUCAGGAAAACCAGAAUAACCUUUUAAGUCAUGUGAAAGUAUUGAUUAAGGAGAGGGGCUAUGAACAUAAAAACAUUGAAAAAAUAAUUCAUGUGACUACCAAGCUUUUUCCUUCAAUUAAAAGACUCCAUAACUGUGACACAAUUUUGAAGCAUACUUUAAACUCACAUAAUCAUAACAGAAACAGUGCAACAAAGAACGUUGGCAAGAUUUUUGGAAAUGGUAACAAUUUCCCCCAUAGCCCUUCCUCUACUAAGAAUGAGAAUGCUAAGACAGGAGCAAAUUCCUGUGAACAUGAUCACUAUGAAAAACAUCUCAGCCACAAACAAGCUCCCACCCACCAUCAGAAAAUUCAUCCUGAGGAGAAGCUUUAUGUGUGUACUGAAUGUGUAAUGGGCUUCACUCAGAAGUCACAUCUGUUUGAGCAUCAGAGAAUUCAUGCUGAAGAAAAGUCCCGUGAAUGUGACAAAAGCAACAAAGUCUUCCCCCAGAAACCCCAGGUUGAUGUACAUCCAAGUGUUUAUACAGGAGAAAAACCCUAUCUGUGUACUCAAUGUGGGAAAGUCUUUACCCUCAAAUCAAACCUCAUUACACAUCAAAAAAUUCAUACCGGGCAGAAACCCUACAAAUGCAGUGAAUGUGGAAAAGCCUUUUUCCAGAGAUCAGACCUCUUUAGACAUCUGAGAAUUCAUACAGGAGAAAAACCUUAUGAAUGCAGUGAAUGUGGAAAAGGCUUCUCCCAGAACUCAGACCUCAGUAUACAUCAGAAAACUCAUACCGGAGAGAAACACUAUGAAUGCAAUGAAUGUGGGAAGGCUUUCACAAGAAAAUCAGCACUCAGGAUGCAUCAGAGAAUCCACACGGGAGAGAAACCUUAUGUAUGCGCUGACUGUGGGAAGGCCUUCAUCCAGAAAUCACAUUUCAACACACAUCAGAGAAUUCAUACUGGAGAAAAGCCGUAUGAAUGCAGUGACUGUGGGAAAUCCUUCACUAAGAAGUCACAACUCCAUGUGCAUCAAAGGAUUCACACCGGAGAGAAACCCUAUAUAUGUACAGAAUGUGGAAAGGUCUUCACUCACAGGACAAACCUCACCACACAUCAGAAAACUCAUACUGGGGAAAAACCCUAUAUGUGUGCUGAAUGUGGAAAGGCUUUUACUGACCAGUCAAAUCUCAUUAAACACCAGAAAACUCACACUGGAGAGAAACCCUAUAAGUGCAACGGCUGUGGAAAAGCCUUCAUAUGGAAGUCACGCCUCAAAAUACAUCAGAAAUCUCAUAUUGGAGAGAGACACUAUGAAUGCAAGGACUGCGGGAAAGCCUUCAUCCAGAAAUCAACACUAAGCGUGCAUCAGAGAAUCCAUACAGGAGAGAAACCGUACGUUUGUCCUGAAUGCGGGAAGGCCUUUAUCCAGAAAUCGCACUUCAUUGCGCAUCAUAGAAUCCAUACUGGAGAGAAGCCUUAUGAAUGCAGCGACUGUGGGAAAUGCUUCACUAAGAAGUCACAACUCCGUGUGCAUCAGAAAAUCCACACAGGUGAGAAGCCCAAUAUAUGUGCUGAAUGUGGAAAGGCCUUCACUGACCGAUCAAAUCUCAUAACACAUCAGAAAAUCCACACUAGGGAGAAACCCUAUGAAUGUGGUGACUGCGGGAAAACCUUCACCUGGAAGUCACGCCUCAAUAUACAUCAGAAGUCUCAUACUGGAGAAAGACACUAUGAAUGUAGUAAAUGUGGGAAAGCUUUCAUCCAGAAAGCCACACUAAGUAUGCAUCAGAUAAUUCAUACAGGAAAGAAACCUUAUGCUUGUACAGAAUGUCAGAAGGCCUUUACUGACAGAUCGAAUCUCAUUAAACACCAGAAAACGCAUAGUGGAGAAAAACGCUAUAAAGCCAGUGACUGAGAAAGUCUUCACCUGGAAAUCACAACUGGGUAUGCAUCAGGUAUCUAAUAGUAGGGAGGAGGAAGGCCUGUUGCUGCAAUCAUUGUACAGGGGGAAAUGGGUAUGAGAGACUGAGGCUUGAGUGAACUGAAGGCAAACAGAGCCAAGUAUCCUUCAGUCCACUGGAAAGACAAGUUCCUGCAUCACCACAGUGUAUAUGCAAUUCUAUGCAUAGGAAGAGCCUUUAGAGAAAGCAUUUGAGCGAAAGUCAUGUUUGGUGACAUGAUUCAUACAGACCUCUUGAGCUCCUGGAAAUAGUAGAAUUAAGAUCUGAGGAGAUGACUCGUCAUCUCUUAUGCUUCACUUUUUGGAUAAAGAACUUUUUAAAUUCAGUACUGAUCGGUUCAGCAUAUCCUGGGACAUAAAAGUACUCACUACUGGGAAAAACUUUUUCAAAUUUCUAGGUUGAGGAGAAGAGUUUUCAUUGUCCAGACACUGGCAGGGCACUGACAUCAAGGCAGAAAACCUACUUGGGAAUGCAGAUAUCUGUUUUUGUGAUCAUUGGCACUUAAGACAUAGAAAAGAUUCCCAUGAAAAACUUUUUUCUUUUCUCUUCCCUUGGGAAGUCCUCAUGGUAUAUAUAUUCUAAGUGCAAUGGAAUUUUUAAAUUUAAAGAUAUAACUUUAUGAAUUGAGAAAUUAGGCCUAGCUCUAGCCUAUGUUACAGAAAUAUAGUCAUUGAAUGAUACAGACAUAUAAACGUAGUAGUUGUCUCAUUGUUAAUUCCCUGCUGGGAGAGCAGGUGAGUCAUACCCUAUAAGAAGUAUGCAUGCCUUCUAACCUAUGUCCCCAAAGCUGUCAUUUGCAUAAGCUGCAGGCCAUAGAUUCCUGAUCCCCUCAGUAACUGACCCUACGACAAUGGAACUGAUCCACGGCACUCUAGAUUUUCAGGCUAACCCACCAACACCCCUGCUUUCCUUGGGAUUUCCUGAAAAAGAAUGGUUGAAAAAUUGAGUUUCACUUCCUAAUAUUUUGUUUUUCUUCCUAUUUGGUUAAGGUAUAUUCAUUUCCUACAUGCACAUUAAGGGUAGUUUUGUGUAGACUGAUAUGUGAUAAAGUCAUGUUGCAUUGCAAUUAGUUAUUCUAAGACAUAAUUACAGUUUAUCAUAGUUGAAUAACUGGAAGACUUCUCAAGAAAGAGCACUGCUCUUUUUUAACACUGAUAUAUAGACACGUUCUCAUUUUCCCUUAAACAUUUUUUACAAUACUCAUAAAAAGGAACUUUCUUUCUAGCAUGCAAUUGUAUUUUUAUUUUAUUUUAAAAUCUUUUUAUUAAACUAUAAUGUAUACAGAAAAUGCAUAUAUCAUAAACAUACAGCUCAGUGCAUUCUCAAAAACUGAACAUACUCAGAUCAAGAAACAGAACAUGACCAGCACCCCAGAAGCCUUCCCCACUUUCCCUUCCAGGCAAGCCCCCAAGGGUAUACGCUAUCCUGGCUUCUCACAGCAUAGAUUCAUUUUGCCUGUUUUGUAUUUUAUAUAAAUUGAGUCAAUUAUAUAUCAUAUAAUUGAGCCAUAUACUCUUUAGCAUCUGUCUUCUGUCAUUCACAUUAUCUAUGUGAGAGUCAUCCAUAUGUUGCAUAUAGUUGUAGAUAAUUCAUUUUCAUUGUCAUGUUGUAUCCCAUUCUGUGAAUAUGCUGCAAUAUAAUUUAUCCAUUCUACUGUUUGUAGACAUUUGGGUUGUUUGCAGCUUGGCCUAUUAGGAAUUGUGUUGCUGUGUAUUGGUGAACAUAUGUAUGUAUUCCUGUUAGGUAUGUACCUAAGUGUAUCCAUAUGUUCAGCUAUAUGUUAUAAAACCAGUUUUCAAGUGGUUGUACCAAUGUACACCCCCACCAACCCAGUAUGCGAGUUCUAGUGCUCCACAUACUUGCCAACAUUUGGCAUUUUCCAUCUUUUUUACUAUAGCCAUUAGUGGUGGGCAUAUAGUGAUAUGUCAGUUUUAGUUUUCGGUUUUAUUUUCUUGUCCUCCAAACCAUUGUAGUAUCUCCCCAGGAUAGAUGAGUGAUGGCUGAGACCUGAGACCUAGGCCUGUUCCUCACAUGACUGCACCAUUUUACAUUCUAUCAAUGUAUGAGGGUUCCGGUUUCUCCACAUCCUUACCAACUCUUAUUAUUAUCAGUCUUUUUUAUUAUAGCUAUCCUAGUACAUGUGAAGUGAUAUUGUGAUAUUAAUUUACACUGCCCUAAUGAUUAAUAAUAUUGAUCAUCUUUUAUUGAGAA